UCAUUUCAAAUUAGUCCAUUUGUUUAGACUUUUUUUACGGAGGUAUAGAAUUUUAUUUUAUUUUUGUAUUAAAUCUUGAUAGUUCUCUUGCUGAUAACAAUUUCAUUCAAAAUUUGCCUGCAUAUUUAAAAUGAAAUUCAAAAGAAAAAUUAUGUACGAUUAUGGAUAAAAUACUGUUAGGAAUAUUAAACUCGCCAUAUCCUGAUAAGCUAAAGAUUGAAUUAAUACAAAAAAUAAGUUAUAGUGCUGAAAAAAAUAUAGAUAACAAACCUAUAGAUAACAUACUUCAAAUAUGUGUCGACUUUUUCAAAGAAGACAAUUAUUCUAAUGAAUUGAAUUCAGCAAUGGACAACAUGUUUAUGAAUUGGGUAAAGCAUAAUAAAGAUGCAUCGCUAAGAUUUCUUACUGAUGAGGUACUAAAGAAGCCUUUAAAUCAAAUGGAAUCUAACAUAAAAAUAAAACAUGUAAGAAGUAUAAAUAAAUGUAUUAAUACUAUAAAUGCUAUUCAUGAUAUUUCUACUUCACCUAUAAAAACGGUGCUGAGCACUUAUUUAUAUUCAUUCUUUUUUAAAGUAGAUGAGCUUGAGCUUCUUGCAUGUUUUUGUGGUCUAUACUUGCAAUAUCCAGUAUUGUUUCCGUCAAAUUUGAAUUUUUCAGUUCUUUCGGAUUUGUCCACCAGAAUGGUGUCCAUUAUUAGUUCAAGUCAGUUUGUUUUUAUAACAAGUAAAGACUACCCAACUUAUUAUAACCAUCUCAAUCAUAUAUAUGAAUUUUUCCUUAAACACUUUGGCCAGGAUGAAGUUCUUAAGAAGCAAAUAGCUAUAACAAUUUUUAAUACAUUAACUAAUCCAAAUAAAUGUCCUUCGAUAUCUCUUGCAAAACUUGUGCCCUGUUUUCAACUUGAAGUAUUAAGUAAAGAUCUAGAAGUAAUUAUUUUGUCUUCAAACAUCUCCGAUGAAACAUUGAUUUUUAUGCUUAGUCAAAUGGUUGAUUGGGCUUGCUUUCCAACUGAUGAUUUUUAUAUUGAAAGAUUAAUCAACAAUUUUAUAGGAUUACUAAUCAGAUUUCAAAAAUCAAAUGUUUUAUUUGUUGUUAUUGAAAACAAAAUAAAUCAGCUCUGCAAUCUAAUUUUAUUUCCAUCAACACGUAAAACUUCACUCGGUGUUUUAACAUUUUCUCUGAUGUCCUACCUUCAUUCUCCAACUCCUUUUCAUCAGGCUUGCAAGUUUUUCCCUAAACUCAUAGAUCAUUUACAGAAAGAAGAGAGCUGCAAAAAAUAUGACAAAAUUUUAGCAGAAUUAAUCUUCACCUUGAUGUAUCAUUUCCCAGGGUAUCCAGAUGUAUAUUCUGACAUAUUAGUUGCAUUAAAGAAUUACAAAAAACCCUCAGAAUCUGAGAUGAAAUUGUGGUUAUCUGCUUCUUCUGUUCUUGUUAAAGUGGAGGUUCCUCAUUGUUCAAUUGUUAGCAGAAAGUCAGAGACUGGGAAAGUGGGAUUAGAAAAUCUAGGCAAUACUUGUUUUAUGAACAGCAUCAUUCAAGCUCUUUUUAACCUUAUCAAUUUUAGAAACGAUAUUAUCAGCCAUGUAUUUUCUCCAUCAACACAGAAUGUUUCUGUAGAAUUACAAAAGAUAUUUUCAUUACUAUCUUUUUCAGAGCGACCGGCAAUAGUUCCAAAAUCAUUUUAUGAUGCUUCUCGACCUGAAUGGUUUUGUGUUGGAUCUCAACAGGAUUGUUCCGAGUAUUUUAAAUAUGUUCUUGAUCGCUUAGAGAAAGAUAAACCUUCUUUAGUUCAACAUUUUACAGGCAUGUUGAAUGUCAUUGUUGAAUGCUUAAACUGUCAUGUACAAUCUAUAAGAAAAGAAUUGUUUAAUGAUUUACCACUUUCUUUUCAUGAGAAUGUUGCAGGUCAAUAUACCUUAAAAGGUGGGAAUCCCACAGGAAAUCAAAGUAGAUCAAUGCAAUGCGAUAGAGGAGAAUCAUCCAUAAUACUGGAGCAAGUAGAGAAUGAUGACACCUUAUCGGACAAAGAGGUUUCAGAUGAUGAAUCUCUCUUAAGCAUGCUAUGUGCAUAUUUUCUUCCUGAGCAUUUAAGUGAGAUGAAUAGUUACUUUUGCAACAAUUGUCAGUCUCUGCAAGAUGCAACAAAAAGAAUAAAUAUUGUCAGCUUUCCGCCAUAUUUAACUUUAACUUUAAAACGAUUUAUGUUUAAUGUGAAAACUCAAAAAAGAAGCAAGUUACUACAGCAAAUAGAUUAUCCUUUGACAUUUAAAUUAUGCAAAGGAUGCAGUGCUUGUUGUGAUAACACAAAAAUAUCUUCGCAAAAUCCUUCCAUUAUAGCUAAUUCACUUGAAAAUUGUCAGAGUGAAAUAAAGUAUAGGUUGUCGUCAGUUAUAGUUCAUUCUGGGCUAUCACUUGAUUGUGGUCAUUAUUAUAGUUAUACAUGUCAAUAUUCUGCAAAUGGAUACACCUGGUUACUUAUGAAUGAUAGUCGAAUAAGCAAAGUAUCAAUGGAAAAUUUUUCAAAAUCUGGAAAAAGUUUUCCUAGAGAUACACCUUACAUUUGUAUAUAUGAAAAGUAUGACAUAGAUUUGUUCGCAACUGCUAAGGAUGUACUUUUACCACAAUAUCUAAGAGAUAUGGUAGAUCAAGAUAAUGCAAUAUAUAGAGAGGAGAUUCGAAUGGAAGAAUUAAAACAAAAGCGCGUUUUUCCUAAAAAUACUUUCAAUAAAGAUAAAGAUGACGACGACGAUGAUUUUAAUUGCUCAACUUCUUGUUCAAGUUCUAGUAGCAACUGGGAUUCAGGAAAAUAUAUAUUUUAGCUAUUUAUUAAAUUUCAAGACAGUUGUAAAAAUAAUUCUUAUUUUUUAUGCUUAAAUAUUCUUCAAUACAUUUUUGUUACUAAUAAAUUUGAAACAACACUUUGAGGAAAACUAAAAAUGUGAAAAAUAAGAUUUCCUAAGCAAAGAACUGGUUUUUAGCUUGUAAUUAUUUAAUCUGUAGUUUAAUAAACAAUGAAUAUAAAUAAUAUUUUUGUA